CUCCAGCGUUUUACGAUGCGUAGGGAUGCUAACAAUAUGAGAGAAUAUAAUAUCAUUUUCAUUCUAUAUUAACAGACAUACAACCAAAGAAUGAAAGCUAUCAAUAAUAAUGUUAAUAAUGCUGAAGAGAGUACAAAACUAAGAAGGCCUGAAUAGGCAAAAUGAACAACCUUGGCUCGUAGUCCGUAUUCUAUGAAAAAGAGUUUCUCUUUAUUACUUAACCUUUCGGCUCUUCUUGUCAUAAAAAUCUUUUUCCGGAAUCGUUCUUCAAUCAUCGGGAGCACGGCAAUAUCGCACAGGUGAUGCAAUGGCUUACUUGAGAUAAACUUAUUAAGGCAGUAUUAGGAGGGAUAAUAGUAAAAUCUAAUUUAAAACUCUAGCUUGGAUGCAAGGAUAUCAUUCGUUGAGAAGGAUAGAUACGUUUAUAAUGUAGUUAGCUGUUCCAAUUCCAAGAAAGUAGAGUCACAGGCGGCAGCUUGUCUGUGAUAGAAAAAAUAACACGGUAUAACCGUUCGAUAAAGGAAAUUAAACUCAUUAGCUCAUAAUUAGAUUUUUUUACAAAAAACGUUUAACUGUGUCUAAAUACCUAUAUUAUUAAAGCCUCUUAAGGCCGAAACUAGGAGUGAUAAACUCAUAUACUGAUAAGGAUGCAUGUCUCGUACUGGGCGUUUUUGUGUGGGCUGUUUGUUAAUUGCGUUUAUGGUGAAGAAAAAACCCCACGAAGGUCGACUGCGGAGCGCAUCGCCCUGACUGGCCAUCGAUCUGAAGAGCAUUAUGUCACCACUGACGAUGGAUACGUUCUCACCGUGUUUCGCAUACCGGGGUCCAGGGGCCCGAUACUGCUGAUGCACGGAAUCCUAGACACCAGCGACACGUGGGUCUUGAGGGGCAACAACUCUUUGGCUAUUACGCUCGCCAACCUUGGCUACGACGUCUGGCUGGGCAAUUGUCGCGGUAAUUUUUACUCCAAAGAUCAUGUCAAACUGAAUGCAACGGCUGAUGCUAAAGCUUAUUGGAACUUUAGCUUUCACGAGAGCGGCUUGUACGACCUGCCCGCGACGAUCGAUUUGGUUCUGAAAGAAACAGGUGUGGAGAAAUUAAACACGAUCGGGCACUCGCAAGGCACGACAAUAUUUUUCGUCAUGGGCUCUCUUCGGCCUGAAUACAAUGAUAAGAUAAACGUUUUGCUCGCUCUCGCGCCGAUCGCACACCUCCAGAACGUGCCACCGCCCUUGUCAUCGAUAAUAAAAGUCGCACCGGCGUUGGAAGCCGUCCUCAGUGAGGCGAAACAGUACUAUCUUCUCGGUGACUCGCCGAGUGGCAAAGCGGCGAGAUCAAUUUGUAAUAAUCCACUAUAUGGCUAUCCCGUGUGUGCGUACGGAGUAGCGUUUCCCGUUGUGGGAACCGAUGCCGAGGAAUAUCCGCCUGCUAUACAUUACGAAGCGUUUAACUAUUAUCCCGACAACGUGGCCGUGAAGUCUCUUUACCAUUUCGCUCAGGUAUCAUUGCGGAAACAGUUUGCUCAGUAUGACAACGGAGCUUUGGAGAAUUUAAAGAUAUACGGCAGUGUGUCGCCACCAAAAUAUGACUUGAGUAAGGUGAAAAUGCCCGUUGCAUUGCUAUGCGGCGCCAACGAUAAGUUGUCGACGCUGGAUGAUGUGGCACUAUUGCGUGCCGCACUGCCCAAUGUCAUUCAAUACACGGUUCUUAACUGGAAGCGGGCAAACCAUUUGGACCUAGUGUGGGGUAAAACUAUGGAAAAAUAUUUGUUCCCUGAUAUAUUGAAAAUACUAGCCAGAUAUAAAAAUUUACGAAAAUGAAUUUCAUUGACUGACUUAUCAGUGCCAUCUCGCUCGACUAGAACCCGUAUCAGCUGAGCGUUUAAAUAGGUGACAUUGAUGUAAAAAAUAAAAGAAAUUGAAUCAAGUUUAGUCUUUAAAAUUAUUCGUUCAUAAAAAGGCAUAAUGAUAAUGUUGAGCAAUUAUAUUUUCUUAAAAUUACACUGGUUAUACCAUAUAUACCCUCUCUGUUCUGCCAAAGACAAUUAUAUACCUUAAAUUUCGACGAUAAAAAUUCAAAAUGUCUAGAAAACCCCCGCGAUAUGUUGAUUUAAAAUCCUUUCUACGCCCUGAAGCCCAGGCGGUCUUUGAAUAGCGACUACAACAUGCAAAGUAAAAUAGACCCAAACAAUGACGGAGGUAAUUGGUCAAUGUUAACUUUCUUUUAGAACACUAUUAUAAUAAUUGUAAGUCAUAUUAUUACUUUGCUUUUCAUCAUC